AUGGCAGGAAGCCACAGCCAUGCAGCCACCGAUGAUAAAGGCUGCUUGGAGGUGGAGUGGUUCAUUAUGGCACCAUCCACAUAUUUCAUGCUGAUGGUCCAUACAAUUUCAGAUUCCUACGUCAACGCCUCUUUCGUGGGUGGAGUCUGCCAGUAUUGGAGUGAUAUGGAAGAUGGAUGGGAUCAUACAUGA